AUGGGUUGCAUCCUCAAGUCAGCCUCGACCUCUAGUCAUUACAAUGGCAUCCUAGCUAUCCUCGAGCAUCUAGGUGGCAUCGAGGCCGUAGUGUCGACAGCCCCCGAGCCGCUGCACAUGCUGCUCUCAGAGUUCGCGACGACGGAUCUCACAACAUCCAUGAUUCGGGGUAAGCCUCCGGCAUUCCCUCCUGACGUGUGGCACCGGCUCGAUAAGGGCCCUGUUUGGUGGGGUCGUGACCCGUUGGGUAGAUGCUCCCUCGCGUCCGUCUUUCGCGAAAUCGCAAAGAUGGGCCUGUACCUACGAGCGACGACAAGCAUGACCGAGGAUCUGUCUAUUGAGCGCAUUCGCAAAUUCGAAACAUCCCUUCGUCCAGUCUAUGCGCCACUGACUGUCGCUGAUGCUGACGGUCAGAGCCCCUCAGAGGUAUCCGAUUGCUCUGCGACAGAAACCGAGGCUGUGCAUGCAUUCACCCUCGUCCGCAUCUUCCAACACACCGCCUUGUUGUACCUGUAUAGAGCCAUUUGUGGCCUUCCGACUCGUCACCCACUUGUGCAGCAGCAUGUCAGAUCCUGCCUCGCUUGCAUCUUUGAGAUCCCUCGGGAGGCAAACAACCUCAACUGCAUCGUUUUCCCGCUGUUCAUCGCCGGAGCCCAUGUUUCAUCGGUAGAAGAGCAAAAGGCUGUUCUUGACAUGGCCGACGUGAUAUACGAUGACAUGCGAUUCGCUUCUAUCGACGCGGUCAAAUCUUUCUUCAAGACCAUUUGGCCGUCCAAGUCUGGAGAGAAGACUUGGAUUGAAAUCUUCAGCCAUCUCAGCCCACACGUCCUCGUGCUGUGA